AUGGGAAAGAUGAAGAAGAACGAGAAGGGGAAGAGAAUGAGUUCAUCGGGCUGUCUUCGACAAAGCUCAUCGAAGCUUUCUGGGAGUUUGAGGCAUUCGACAUUGUUCCGAAAGAGAGAGCAUGAACGACUUGAAAGUUUGGUCACUAGAAAUGGGAGAAUUUCAAAUGAAGGAGGGAUGCUCAGGGGUUUGAAGAAGCAGCAGCAGAAGAAGCAGCAGAAGAAGAAGAAGCAGAAGAAGAAGAAGCAGAAGAAGCAGCAGAAGCAGAAGCAGCAGCAGAAGCAGAAGCAGCAGCAGAAGAAGCAGAAGCAGCAGAAGAAGAAGCAGAAGAAGCAGAAGAAGCAGCAGAAGAAGCAGAAGAAGAAGAAGAAGAAGCAGAAGAAGAAGCAGAAGAAGCAGAAGAAGCAGAAGAAGCAGAAGAAGCAGAAGCAGAAGCAGAAGCAGAAGCAGAAGCAGAAGAAGAAGUAG